AUGUGUCCUCUGCAUGAACCCGUGUCAAAUGUCCUCAUCGCUGAGCUCAUCGGUGACUCACCGCACACUUCGCGCGGAGAGCAGCGCGUCUUUCAUGGCGUCCGUGAACACACGCUGAACUUUAUACAACUCUCAGAAAGACCUCACGACGCAACCAUGUUAGGGACGAGUGCUGUAAAGGUUUUAUUGCUGGCAGUUGCAGUUGGUGUGUAUCUCAUUCCCUCCCCUAUCGAUCCCGAGCCGUACAUAUUCGAGGGCCCUCCGCCUGCUCUGGACGGCCCUCUGGCAGUGAACACACGAUUACAGAGAGGUCGACGGCUGUUUUCUGGUCAACUCAAAGGCCCGGAGUCUUUCACAGCUGACCAGAAAGGAAACAUCUACACUGGCACCGUCGACGGGAAGCUGUGGAGAAUCAGCAAUGAAUCCCUCACUUUCAUCGCUCAGAUGGGCCGAAACAUCCCUGAAUGUGGUAAAUCCCAGAAUGCAAAAUGUGUCUGUCAGUUAGCAGAUACUCUGGUUUCCUGGUACAGGAAUGGACAGCUUAUUGUGGCCGACUCUUAUCAGGGGCUGUUCAAGGUUGACCCUUGGACUGGAGAGAAGACGUUGCUACAUUCCAGCACAGAGGGAGCUGAUGGGAUUCCCUUUCUCUUUCUGAACGGUCUGGAGAUUUCUAAAAACGGAAGGGUGUUUUUCACGGACUCCAGCAGUAAAUGGGGAAGACGUCACGUCCGUUACGAGGUGUUGGAGACAAACCGUCUGGGUCGCCUUCUCUCGUUUGACCCUGUGACCGGCCGUGUUCGGACGUUGUUGGAUUCUCUCUACAUGCCUAAUGGCUUUGCCUUCUCACCUGAUGAGGACUUCCUGCUUCUGGCUGAGACCAGUAUCGCACAUAUUAUUAAGUUCUGGUUGAAAGGACCUAAAGCAGGCACCAAGGAGGUCGUCCUGAACAACAUGAUCGGUUACCCUGAUAACAUCCGCCUCAGUGACCGCGGCACGUUUUUAGUGGGCGUAACCACUGUUCGAUUCCGCGGACGGCUUUUCCCGCCGUUCUUGGAUCUGAUUGGUCCGUAUCCUGCUCUUAAAAGCUUCAUAGUGAAGCUCGUUCCUCUCAGCUGGUACAAUGCUCUGCUGCCCAAGUACGGCUUGAUUCUGGAGCUGGGGCCUGACGGAGAGGUGAUCGACAGCCUCCACGACCCCACAGGCAGCCUCACGUGGGCCGUCAGCGAUGUCUUCCAGCAGGGGACGCACUACUAUCUGGGCAGCACUGACCUGCCGUUCCUUCUGCUGGAGGAGUGGAGCUGACCGUCUGAGACGCUUACAGGUGGACUCACACAUGGGAAAACUGGGACUUUUGAUAGCCUUUCAUGGAGAAUGUAAAUUUAAAAAUGCACUGCAGUCUUGUGAAGAAGCUACGUGUGGUUCUAACUGAAUUCUGUGACUUUAAGUCUAGUUAAGCUGUUAUAAUUGGUCUAAAACAGAUGUUUUAACUGUAUUAGUGCCACAUUCUGUUUUGUUUUAUAAAGUUUUUCUGAACUGCAAAAUGCACUGGUCAACAUGUGCACUAGAAAUGGAAGAUAUGAACAUUUUGAAUAGCUGUUCCCAAUAAAAAAAAAAUUCUUAUGCUAAUGUAAUGCAAAAGACAGAAAUAACAUGUUGCACUAUUCGAUGGCAGUGAACUUUGAAGCAAAACCCCAAAUAUUAGUUAAUAUACA